AUGACGCGAAAGGGACGGAGAUCAGGAAAGACCGUGCCCAAGAAGUCGUCGCGGGGGAGCCGGCAACUACAACUACAAACGCCGCCCGCCGCCGUCGUCGCGGGGGAGCCGGCGGGCGGCCCUAGAGCCGCUGCCGCCACCGCGGCCGCCGCCAACCUCCUCUUCUCGCCGGUGGCCGUCUACGCGGCGCUAGCGCUGCUGGCGGUCGGCGCCCGCGGCGGCACGCUCCAGGAGCUCCUCGACGCGCUCGGCGGCGACUCCCGCGACGACCUCGCCGCGUUCGCCCGCCGCGCCGCGGAGCUCGCGCUCGCGGUCGGGCGCGGCAUCUACUUCAAGGGCAGAUGGGAGGCGCCAUUCGCCAAGGCGCACACGGUGGUGGACAAGUUCCACCGCCUGGACGGCAGCACAGCCGACGUGCCCUUCAUGUGCUCAAUGCGGAGCCAGUACAUCGCCAUCCGCAACGGGUACAAGGUGCUCAAGCUUCCUUACAGAUCGCCGGCACCGGCACCAGCACCGGCGCCAGCACCACGACGUAAGGGAUCAACACCAUCAGAGAGCAAGCCCGGCGACGGCGAUGACGACCCCGCCCCGAAAUACUCCAUGUGCGUCUUCCUGCCGGACGAGCGGGACGGGCUCCCAGGUCUCGUCGAGAAGGACGCUGACACUGCUGGCACGCCGCUGUACGUUGCGGACGUCUGCCAUAAGGCAGUGAUCGAGGUGAACGAGGGAGGCACCGUUGCCAAUGGUGCCACUGCUAUCUACAUGCUCUGUGGAGCAAGUGCGGUGAUGGAUCAGCCGGUGAAGGUGGAUUUCGUUGCUGACCACCCGUUUGUGUUCUUUGUGAUCGAGGAGGUGUCUCGUGCUAUCGUCUUUGUUGGCCGCGUCCUUGACCCUUCAAUUUCAGGGUGA